AGCUUCUGUAAGAGAGGGAAAGGCGCAGGGUGAGGGCGGGUCCGCGCGUCCUCAGAGCCCGCUGGAGGCGCGGAGCUGCCACCCGCAGACUUCUCCCGCUCACGGCUCGCAAAGAGCGUGAUUCCGAGAGCCUGAGACUGACGCCCGACCUUGAAACCAGAGAAGACUUCCUUAGCCUUUCGGAUCGCACUUGAGGCUAGAGGCAUGGGUCCUGUGAGGCGUUGGGGCAGCCCCUGCCUUUUCCCCUUGCAGCUCUUCAGCCUCUGCUGGGUGCUCUCAGUGGCCCAGAGCAAAACAGUCCGAUACAGCACCUUCGAGGAGGAUGCCCCCGGCACGGUCAUCGGGACCCUGGCCGAGGACCUGCAUAUGAAAGUAUCGGGUGACACAAGCUUCCGCCUGAUGAAGCAAUUCAACAGCUCUCUGCUCCGGGUGCGCGAAGGCGACGGGCAGCUGACCGUCGGGGACGCCGGACUGGACCGCGAGCGGCUGUGUGGCCAGGCCCCGCAGUGCGUGCUGGCCUUCGAUGUGGUCAGCUUCUCGCAGGAGCAGUUCCGGCUGGUGCACGUGGAGGUGGAGGUGAGGGACGUCAACGACCACGCGCCGCGCUUCCCCCGGGCCCAGAUCCCGGUAGAGGUGUCCGAGGGUGCGGCCGUGGGCACGCGCAUCCCCUUGGAGGUGCCGGUGGACGAGGACGUGGGCGCCAACGGGCUGCAGACCGUGCGCCUGGCCGAGCCGCACAGCCCCUUUCGCGUGGAGCUGCAGACGCGAGCGGACGGCGCUCAGUGCGCGGACCUGGUGCUGCUGCAGGAGCUGGACCGCGAGAGCCAGGCCGCCUACAGCCUGGAGCUGGUGGCCCAGGACGGCGGCCGCCCGCCGCGCUCCGCCACUGCUGCCCUCAGUGUGCGCGUCCUGGAUGCGAAUGACCACAGCCCGGCCUUCCCUCAGGGCGCCGUGGCCGAAGUGGAGCUGGCGGAAGACGCGCCCGUGGGCUCCCUGCUUCUCGACCUGGACGCAGCCGACCCCGACGAGGGCCCUAACGGCGACGUGGUGUUCGCUUUUGGCGCCCGCACCCCGCCGGAGGCGCGCCGCCUCUUUCGGCUUGACCCGCGAUCGGGCCGCCUCACCCUGGCCGGGCCGGUGGACUACGAGCGUCAGGACACCUACGAGCUGGACGUGCGGGCGCAGGACCGCGGACCCGGGCCCCGCGCUGCCACCUGCAAAGUCAUCGUGCGCAUCCGCGACGUCAAUGACAACGCACCCGACAUCGCCAUCACCCCGCUGGCCGCCCCAGGCGCGCCGGCCGCCUCACCCUUCGCCGCUGCCGCCGCCGCCGCUGCGCUCGGGGGAGCGGACGCUAGCUCGCCGGCGGGAGCCGGGACGCCCGAGGCUGGCGCCACUUCGCUGGUGCCGGAGGGGGCGGCGCGCGAGAGCCUGGUGGCCCUGGUCAGCACCUCGGACAGGGACUCGGGCGCCAACGGGCAGGUGCGCUGCGCCCUCUAUGGGCACGAGCACUUCCGGCUGCAGCCGGCCUACGCGGGCAGCUACCUGGUGGUGACCGCGGCGUCGCUGGACCGCGAACGCAUCGCCGAGUACAACUUGACGCUGGUGGCCGAGGAUCGCGGCGCGCCCCCGCUGCGCACCGUGCGGCCCUACACGGUGCGUGUGGGCGACGAGAACGACAACGCGCCGCUCUUCACGCAGCCGGUCUAUGAGGUGUCGGUGCGCGAGAACAACCCGCCAGGCGCCUACCUGGCCACGGUGGCCGCCCGGGACCGGGACCUGGGCCGCAACGGCCAGGUCACCUACCGGCUGCUGGAGGCCGAGGUAGGCCGCGCCGGGGGCGCUGUGUCCACUUAUGUCUCGGUGGACCCGGCUACCGGAGCUAUCUACGCGCUGCGCAGUUUCGACUAUGAGACGCUGCGCCAACUCGACGUUCGCAUCCAAGCUAGCGACGGCGGCUCCCCUCAGCUUUCCAGCAGCGCCCUAGUGCAAGUGCGCGUGCUGGACCAGAACGACCAUGCGCCGGUCCUGGUGCACCCGGCGCCAGCCAAUGGCUCCCUAGAAGUGGCGGUGCCUGGGCGCACCGCAAAGGACACCGUUGUGGCCCGUGUGCAGGCCCGGGAUGCAGACGAGGGAGCCAACGGGGAGCUGGCGUUCGAGCUGCAGCAGCAGGAGCCGCGCGAAGCCUUCGCUAUCAGCCGCCGCACGGGGGAGAUACUGCUCACCGGCGACCUCUCGCAGGAGCUACCUGGCCGCGUGUUCAGGGCGCUCCUGGUCAUAUCCGACGGUGGCCGUCCCCCGCUCACCACCACCGCAACUGUCAGCUUCGUGGUAACAGCAGGGGGCGGGCGUGGGCCGGCUGCGCCUGCCAGUGCGGGAAGCCCCGAGCGUUCCCGCCCGCCUGGCUCUCGGCUCGGGGCGUCUGGGUCGGCGCUGCAAUGGGACACGCCGCUGAUCGUCAUCAUCGUGCUGGCCGGGAGCUGCACGCUGCUGCUGGCCGCCAUCAUCGCCAUCGCCACCACCUGCAACCGCCGCAAGAAGGAGGUGCGCAAAGGGGGGGCCCUCCGGGAAGAGCGGCCCGGGGCGGCGGGCGGCGGAGCCUCGGCUCACGGCUCCCCGGAGGAGGCCGCCCGGGGAGCCGGGCCCAGGCCCAACAUGUUCGACGUGCUCACCUUCCCUGGCACCGGCAAAGCGCCCUUUGGCAGCCCCGCGGCGGACGCGCCUCCGCCUGCGGUCGCCGCGGCCGAAGUGCCGGGCUCAGAGGGCGGCAGCGCCACUGGGGAAAGCGCCUGUCACUUCGAAGGGCAGCAGCGGCUCCGCGGCGCGCACGCCGAGCCCUACGGUGCCUCCCCGGGUUUUGGAAAGGAGCCGGCGCCCCCUGUGGCGGUGUGGAAAGGACACUCAUUCAACACCAUUUCUGGCAGAGAAGCAGAGAAGUUCAGCGGCAAAGACAGCGGUAAAGGGGACAGUGAUUUCAACGACAGCGAUUCCGACAUCAGCGGGGACGCUCUGAAAAAGGAUCUCAUCAACCACAUGCAGAGUGGACUGUGGGCGUGCACCGCUGAGUGUAAGAUCCUGGGCCACUCUGACCGCUGCUGGAGCCCAUCCUGCAGCGGGCCCAACGCACAUCCGUCGCCUCACCCACCAGCCCAGAUGUCAACCUUCUGUAAGAGCACGUCCCUGCCUCGGGAUCCUCUGCGCAGGGACCAUUACUAUCAGGCCCAGCUGCCCAAGACAGUGGGGCUGCAGAGCGUCUAUGAGAAAGUACUGCACAGAGACUAUGACAGGACAGCCACUCUGCUCUCCCCUCCCCGUCCAGGGAGGCUCCCAGACCUGCAGGAGAUUGGGGUACCCCUCUACCAGUCCCCUCCUGGCAGGUACCUGUCCCCGAAGAAGGGAGCCAAUGAAAAUGUGUAAUCCCAUGCUGCAUGUCUUCACACAUAUACAGGUCACUCCGAGAAGCCCCUAAGUUAUUGACCGGUUUCAGUGUUGUAUAUAUAAAUAUGCAAGAUGUGCCUUAAAAUGAAGUUGUUGGAAGCUAUUUCCAAUCACAUUGGUACUGUUUGGUAUUUGCAAACAAAAAUGUAGUUAAUGUAAUUUUUAUGAAAUGUGUGCAGUAUUUAAUUUUUCUUAUCAUGCUAUUGACUUUAAUUUCACUUGCGGCUUGCCAUUUUCUUAGUGUUUUUAACCUGUACAUUGUGUAAUGUAAUGUUUGUAUAUAAUGAAAUUUUGUUAUAUUUUUAUAUAAUAAAAGCUAAAGUGGAAGUUAUUGCCAAAGGAACUGUCUGCAAGACAAAAAACAAAACAUGUUGGAAUUACUUAAUUGAAAUUUAUCUUUCACCUGAAACAACCUAGUGUUUGAGAAAUUUUGCCUUGCCAAGAAUAACUUGUAUAUCUUGACUCUGUGGUAGAUUUCAAGUUCAAUGUUAUUUAAUUACAUUUGGUUUUCUGUAAACCGUGUCACCUAUAAGCACAGUAAUAAAAGAUUUGUCAUGUGUUUGAAGAAUCUGCUAAUUGCUUUUCAUGAAGUUGCCUAUAGUCAGACAUACACAAAUAAUUUGAGUAUCAGAAUGAAACCUUCUUUCAAGUGCUAUUUGGGCAUUAUUAAUGUUCAUGACAAUAUUAAACCUGUAGGAUUUCAAGUAUUGCAAAAUGUCACCCAAGUAUUAAAAAUGUGUGUUGAUUUCAUAAAUUAUGUGCAUCUCCAUAUGCAUUAGUCUAUAAAAUCCCUGCUCUCAUUUAUUCACUAGGUAAAUAUUCAUUGAGCAGCCACCAAAAAGUGAAGAAAGCUAAGUUUGGGUUGUUCAUUCACUAAUUAAACAAGCAUCUGUAGAACUUUUACUAGCUGCUGGUACCUCCUCCUCAAGCUGGAGUUUGAGGUGAAGAAGACAUAGUCCCAAAGAGCCCUCAGCUUAUUCGGGGUGUUAGUAUCAAAAAGACUAACAUCUUAGUCUUUUGGAAUAUAAUAGGUUCCCACUACAUUCUGUCCUACUUCCUCUUUCCUUGCCUUCCUCUGGAGCCAGUCUCCAAAGUAACUAUCAUCACUAUCCCAUUCAAAUUUAUGGGCAAAAUGACAUGAUGUUUGGGAUUCGCUUUACAAUGUUCUAGAAAAAAACACAGGGAGCUAUGUGAAACAAGAUCGAUUUGAUAAGAUAUUGAUAAUUGUAAAUGCUAGCAUAGGUGCAUGUGAGGUAGGGAAAUUUCACCAGUAUCUCUAAAUGUUUGUGUUUGAAAAUGUACAUAAUGGAAAGUCUUAAAAAAAGACACUCAAGAGUACUAUGCCUAUGUCUUAUACUCUAUGGAUUUCAUUUGAAAUUAAAAUGAUGAUAAGCAUAAUGAGACCUAACAUUUACUGAGCAAGUCUUUUGUGAGCAGAGCUCCUUACCAAGCAUUCUGCAUGAAUUAUCUCAUUUAAUCAGCAAACUACCCCCAGGAUAUGGGAAGCAUCAUUAACUCCAUUUUGCAAAUAAAGAAACCAAGGCACAAGAAGGUUAGAUAAAAUGCCAAAAAUCACACAGCUAGUAAGUAUCCAGGGUGAGAUUCAAACCUAGGUUAUUCAGUGCAAAAAAUAAAACAAAGUAAUGAAA